UCUCACCCAGUUGUGGUUGGAUUUGAGGACUUUGUGCUGCUUGCGAACACAGGAAUGGCGUUACGAAGCGUGUGAAAGUGCACACUGCUGUAGUGCUUGCUAUGCCACGGAGUCUCAUGUCCAGCGAGGAGGAGAUGGCUCAGAGUUUCUCCGACUCAAGCAGCUCGGAGUCGGACAGCUUAAGAGACGAGCGGCCAUGUGUGGAACGGCCGAGUAGCAGCCGCAGCGACUCGAUACUCAUUUGUGUGGUUAUCCCUGAUCUGCAGCAGUCUAGAUCCAUGAGGUUCAAGGCUGACUGUACGGUCUGGGCAGCCAAACAGCAGAUCCUCUGCACACUGACACAGAGUCUGAGAGACGUGUUGAAUUAUGGCCUCUUCCAGCCGGCUGUGGAUGGGAGAGAAAGCACCUUCCUGGAGGAGGAGAAGCUCCUGAGAGAUCACGCGUUCCCAGCUAGCAAGGAUGUGCCUACCCUCGAGUUUCGCUACAAGAGCCGAGUGUACCAGCAUGCCAACGUCAAUGAAAAGCAGAUUGAAAAGCUUCAUACACAGGCCAACCUGAAGAAGUUUCUCGAACACAUCCAGCAACACCAGGUGGAUAAAGUGACAAAGCUGCUGGAACGAGGUCUCGACCCCAACUACCAUGACUCAGACACCGGAGAGACUCCUUUGACACUGGCGGCCCAUCUGGACAACAUGGUGGAGAUGAUCGCAGCGCUGAAGAACGGAGGAGCUCAUUUAGAUUUCCGUUCUCGGGACGGCAUGACUGCGCUGCAUAAAGCCGCCCGGGCCAAGAACCAGAUCACUCUUAAGGCCAUGUUGGAAUUAGGAGCGUCUCCGGAUUACAAGGACGGUCAGGGUCUGACUCCGCUCUACCACACGGUGACAGUAGGGGGCGAUCCAAGCUGCUGUGAAAUGUUACUACGUGCCAAAGCCUCUUUGACCUGCCACGAUGAGAACGGCUGGUACGAAAUCCACCAGGCUUGUCGAUACGGUCAUGUCCAGCACUUGGAGCACCUCCUGUUUUACGGAGCUGACAUGCGUGUCCAGAACGCCUCUGGGAACACAGCACUCCAUAUCUGUGCCCUCUAUAAACAGGUUUGGUAUGGUGGUGGAAAUGAUUCCUCAUGAUCCCAGAACCACUCUUUCACAAUUGAAAUCCUGGACUAGGGCUGUGCCCUCAGGGAAGUA